AUGGCAAAGAUUUCGAAAUUUGAACGUUUUUGCAGUACAUUUGGAGUUAUUUUGCAUAUUUUAUUUGUUGCAAUACCAAAAGAUUUAUGGAAUUGGCUAAAUUUACGUCAGAAAUGUGUCAAAGGUCAAACGGUUGUUAUAACUGGAGCAGCUUCUGGAAUUGGUCGUGCGUUAGCUGAAUUUUUCAGUAUUCAUCUUGGUGCGAAUGUUGUAAUUAUUGACAUUAAUUUUCAUGAUGCACAAGAAACCGUCCAAAUUAUCAAAGAAAAAUGUGGAAAUGCAAUGGCUUGGAAAUGCGAUGUUAGUCAAGAAAAUGAAAUCCAGUCAUGCGCUAAAGAAAUAUUCACAGUUUUUGGUAAAGUGGAUAUUGUUGUAUGCAAUGCUGCCGUUUUAUUCUUCGGACUUUUACAUGAAUUGACCAAUUCGCAGUUGCAGAAAUCUGUCAAUAUCAAUAUACUUGGAACAAUUAAUACUAUUCGAGCUUUUUUACCACAAAUGGAAUCGAGGAAUAGCGGUCAUAUUGUUGCAAUUUCAUCUAUAGCUGGCUAUUAUGGUGAAUCGUAUGGUGUUGCAUAUUGUCCGACAAAAUUUGCAAUUCGUGGAAUCAUAGAAUGCUUACAAAUGGAGGCAAAGGAUCGUAAACUUGAUAUAGCUUUUACAACCGUUUGCCCAUAUUUCACACGAACGCCAAUGAUUUUAAAUUUGGGAAUGCGGCCCACAUCAAUAUGGUUACCGUUUAUGUCGGUAAGGCGAUGUGCUCGCGAUAUUGCUGAUGCUAUAUUAAAGGAAAAAGUUAUUGCUUUCGUUCCUGGUUAUAUGACAAUUCUUGCAUCUGUGAAAGGUUUAUUAUCUAAAAAUGUUCAAUUUGCUGGAAGAGAGUAUUUGAAUUGUCAGUACGAACCAUCACUGGAUGAAAUUACAUUAUCCAAGAAAAGCGAUUUUUUUUAUUUGCCCAAAUAUUUGUGGGAAUUUUCGCUAUUCUCUGCAUUAUUUUCAUUUGCUGUGAGUUUUUCAAUUCUUCUCCAUUUUUUCAAGGUUUAA